AUGCAUGCCGGGUAUUUCGCUGUGCUCCUUCAGGUUUCUGGAGCUGCUUGGGCCCUUCCAUCAGCAGAGAGCCCUGUCGAUAUCGAGAUACGUGCGGACGACCGGGGCAGCUACACUGUUGCUGGACUUGGAACUCGCAAGCAAGCUGUUCUUACGGCUGGUGGAAACACUCUAGACCUCGCCAUUGCGAUGCUAGAAACUGAGAACAUGGGAACGGACUAUGCUUACGGAGACAAAAAGACUUAUGACUCUGCCAACUUCGGUAUCUUCAAGCAGAAUUGGGGCAUGCUCCGUGUCUGCGGAUCCAGGGCGGGCUUCGUAGGCAAGACCUCAAGCCAAUGGAAUGAUGGUGCUAAACUCAACUCUGACCUCUACGCCGAUGUUGCUUCCCGAUGGGACUGCCAAGGUUACUAUGGCUACGAUAUUUGGUUCGCCGGCCACCGUAACGGUGCCAGUGGGCUCUCGAACCCUUACACUGAGGAUAUCAACAAGUACAAGACUGCGGUACAGUGGAUUCAGGCCCAGAUUGAUUCCAACUCCAAGUAUAAGACCGAUGAUACUAGGUUCUGGGUCGAUGUUGAAGCCAUCUAA